AUGGAUCUGCAGGUGAACUUCUUGAGUGAGGUCUUUACUGAAGACACCAAAGUUCUGGAGAUCACUCAGUCAUAUGCCAUUACUCAGAGAGAGUGUGGCGAUGGAGAAGGACCCUCCAAACGCAGAAGAAUUGAAUUGGGUUGGGAAGUGAUUCGGGACAAUCUGCAAAAAUCACAGAACGAUUUUGAUGUCAUACCUUGGUUGCAGAUUGCCAUUCGAUUAAUAUCAAAGUACCCUAUGAGUCUUCCUCAUCAUGAGCUGCCUCACUUACUCAACAUACUGUAUCAGUUACUACCUCAGCAACGGCGGGGAAAACGAUCACCUUAUGUGUUAAGAUGCCUUAAAGAAGCUGCUUUGUGUCAGAGCCAAAAAUCAGAUCUGAAAACCACGCAAAGGUUAGAGCUGCAGCGAACGUGGUCGAAAAUAUGGUCUCUUGUUGUUCGUAGUCUGAAUUUCCAGCAAACUGAAAUGGAAAGUUUUGGGCUACUUGGAGUAAUAAUUCAAGAACACUUAGUAACAAUGGACAGAGAAAUCUGGAAGAUAUUUUCAGGAGCUGCAUGCAAGCCCUCAAGUUCUGCAGCUCAGUGCUUAGCAAUAGCAAUGGCAACUUUGGGAGUGCCAGAAACUUUGCGUAUCAGGACAGCACAGAAUUAUUGGGAAGGAAAUGCAAGUUAUACACCAAAAGAAACAAUAAUGAAGUGGCUUCUGUUCUGCCAUCUGGAGGAAGACAUGGAAGACAAUAUGGAGCUGCCUCCUAUUUUGUCCAGAAGUCACAGGCUAAAUUUGCACUUUAAAUCUGUAGGAGAAGAUGUCAUUGGAACACUGGAAGAUGCGUUGGUGGAUACACAUAUACUGGAAGAAUUUUUAGGCAGUGAGCUUGAAUUAUUUGGAGCUCGGCCAAGCAAGCUACCAGACUCACCACCAGAUUCUGGAUCAGAGCCAUACUCACCACCACAGUCCAAAGGAUGCUCCACCAGUACAUUUCCUUGCAUGUUUUUGGAGGCUUCUUCUAAGAGGAAUUCCAGUGGGCAGGUCUAUGGAACACAACCGGAUUGUAGUCUGAAGACAGGCAAUGCAGUAACUCUCUGGAAUAAUUUUAUGUCUUCUGCACACCAUUCUUCAAAUUAUUCUCAUCCAGCUUUAAGGGAGUCUCUCAACCCAAGCCUUCCCUUGAUGUCCAAAAAGAGAAAGUGCUCGGAGAUGUUGGAGGACUCUCUUGAAUUUCUCACAUGCACUGACAGUGUUGGACCAAUGACAGUUAAGGACUUUUCUUCCAUGGUGCAAGAACAUGACAGUGAUGGCCAGAAUGCAGCAUCUGCUGAGAAAUGCUAUCAGUCCCUCGCAUGGCAACCCUAUCGAGUGUCUCCCUGGAACAGCCUUUUAAACCACAAGUAUGAAAGACUCCCGGAUGUGGGAUAUCAUGUUGUUGCAAACAAAGGAUUUAGUUUUUCAGCAGCAGAUGAUACUUUUGUUUGUCAGAAGAAAAACCAUUUCCAGAUCACAGUCUACAUUCGUGUUGUUGGAAAUCCCAAAUUUGUCAAAACCAAUUUGGGACUGAAACCUAUAGAAAGCUUUUACUUGAAGGCUUUUGGAAUUAAGAUGGAAGCACCCAAUCAAGUGAUUGUAGUUGAACAAUCUCAGUCUGACCGAACCAAAAGACCUUUCUAUCUAUUUAAAGUUGAUCUGCCAGAAGACCAGGUCACCAAAGUAACACUGGCAAGGCUGCACUUUAGUGAAACAACAGCAAAUAAUAUGAGAAAGAAAGGGAAACCUAACCCUGAUCAAAGAUACUUCAAGUUGGUGGUUGGAUUAUACGCCGUCAGUCAAGACCAGUCGUAUUUGGUGACUGCUCAUGUCUCUGAAAAGAUCAUUGUCAGGGCCUCAAACCCUGCACAGUUUGAGAAUGACAGUGAUCUGCUCUGGCAGCGAGGACAUGUUCCAGACUCUGUUGUUUGUCAUGGUCGAGUAGGAAUUAACACAGAUGCACCAGAUGAAGCCCUGGUUGUCUGUGGAAACAUGAAAGUGAUGGGGACAGUCAUGCAUCCAUCUGACCGUCGAGCCAAACAGAACAUUCAAGAGGUUGAUACACAUCAGCAGCUGAGAAGAAUAGCACAGAUGAGGCUGGUUGAAUAUGACUACAAGCCUGAGUUUGCAUCUGUUAUGGGAAUUAAUCAGACCCAUGAAACAGGAGUGAUAGCCCAGGAAGUUCAAGAACUUCUGCCAAGAGCCAUACGAGAAGCUGGAGACGUUGUAUGUGAAAAUGGAGAGAGAGUUGAUAAUUUCCUCAUGGUUGACAAGGACCAGAUUUUUAUGGAGAAUGUGGGUGCAGUUAAGCAGCUCUGCAAAUUAACGAACAAUCUUGAAGUUAGGAUAGAAGAGUUGGAAGCAUGGAACAAAAAACUCGCCAAACAGAAAUGGAUAAACAGCUUAAAGUCAACAGCCAGUGAAAAGAAAUCAGUGAGGAAAUUUGACCAAGCUGCUUCUUGGUUACCAUCACAAAAAUCAGUUCCUACAAAACCUGACAAGGUAUAUUUUCCAGUGAAGAAACUGUCAUGGUCCAGCACCAGGAUUUUCGAGAUAACUGUAAUUGCUUUGGUUGCUGUUAUGGCACUUUGUGUCACGACCAUGUCCACCCUUUAUGUACUUAGCGUACCAGAGCAAAACAUUGUCCAUCCUGAACACAGCAAUUCAACUACUCUGAUGACAAUCCCUCUAUCCACCACCUUUACAGUGACCAGAUAUAGUACAGUGUCCUCAACGCCCAAACCAACCCCCAUCAUACCUGAAGUGAAUUUCUGUGAUAUUCUGCCAUGUCAUAAAAUCUACUGCUGCCCUCUUCAUCAGGCUGUAAGAAAAAAUCUAAAUUAUCAGAAGAUGAAGACAAAGGAGGAGAGAAAUAAAAGAAAAGGACAGUUGGAACCAAACUGGAUUGAGAAGCCUGACCUUGGAAAUGACUGGAUUGAUACAAGAAUCACAUCUAUGCAGAUCUUACAGACACAACAAAAAAUUGAUCAUCGCUAUUGCAGCAAAAAUCUGCAGUCCAGGUCUGGAAAUUACAGUUACUUUGUUCCCAUUAACAAAUACACACCUGUCAAAGUAAAAAUCUCACUGGAAAUCAAUACAACAGAGCCAUUAAUUAUCUUUCAAUGCAAAAUCACCUAUGGAAAUCCUUGUUCAUAUCAUCCUCAAACCCGCAAGAAGAGGGAACCUUUUCAGGAAACCACACAGGGUUUCCAACAUAUUUGGGAUCUUCCUGUAGCUUCCAUGUAUGACAGUGCAUAUCAUUUUCGGGUUGCUGCUCCAGAUCUUGCAGACUGUUCAACAGAUCCUAACUACGCUGGGAUAUUUUUCACUGAUUAUUUCUUCUAUUUUUAUCACAAAUGCAACUAA